AUGGGUGGGAGUUGUUCGGUAGUUGGGGGAAUUUUUGGGCUUGCUAACUCUAAGCUUGGUAGUAGGAUUAUUAUUGUGCGUAUCGUGAAGAAGGGAAAUUUUUCGGAAAAAAUGACGAUGAUGGUUGGGAAGCAUGGUGAAUUCAGUGUAAAGGUAGUACACGGACCUGUAAAUGCGAUCCCUAAACAGAGAGCUGGAUUAAUGAAAGUGAAUCAGAUGUGCCAAAAAAUUAUCUUCCUUUUUGAUUUUCGUUUAACGAUAUCAUUCAAAACAGUGAGAGGCUUUCCUUGGCUUGCGCCCCCAGGAAGUAGCCUAGCCUUUUGGAUUAAAGGUGACGAAAAUAUUGCGUUUUUUGUCAAAUUUGAGUGUAAUCGAAGUAUGGUAGAAGUUCAUGAAAUCUUGAAAAGAAAAUGCCUGGAACGUAUGUUAGAGUGGUUAAUGACAAACAUUUAUCUGAAAUUUGUUGUAGUGUUUCAAGAUUAUGUUUUCAGUAUUCAGCACAUGGCAAAUCCGGCUGACAUUGAAAAUGUCAGAACGUGGCUUGACCAAUUCACGCUAGAUUCUGCGCUGGAACCGACAGCAAAACGAUCCAGGUCAAAGAAUUCCGUCAGAUCACGUGGAAUAAGUUUAACAAGCUUCUAUGAUGGAAUAUUUCCAUCUAAAAAAGUAUAUGGUUACAUGAUCUAUAGCGCAAGUCAUACCGACAGUGAACGUGAUGGCAUUUUCAGAAAUGUCAAUGUCGAGACAUCCGGAUUCGAGAAUCUUGGUAACACAUGCUAUAUGAACUCCAUACUCCAAGGCAUGUUCGCGAAUGCAAUUUUUGUCAAAGAUCUUUUCAAAUUUUGUAAAAUGCUCGAGGAACUUGGCUUGGAUUUGGAUGAAGAAAUGCCAUUGAGCUUGGCAGUUGCUAAUCUUGCAAGCCGACGUGAUUCCGCUACAAAUCAGUUGAAAAAGCAUCUUCUAAAAAUGAUCAAAAUUAGAGCACAUUUCUGGAAUAAUGCACAACAGGAUGCCCUUGAAUUCUUAGUUAGUAUUCUGAGUCAAAUCGAAGAGGAAUGCGACGUGAUGUUGUGCAAACAAUAUGGCAUUCAGGAUAAAAAGGAACGAAACACAAAAAAUCCUGUCACGUCGAAUUUUGCCUUCAUUAUAGAAUCCAGCAUAAAAUGCGACAGGUGCGAAGCUAUUACAAAAAAUGAAGAGCAAAGUGUCAUUUUGCCGGUCUCAAUCCAGAUGCUGGAACAAGAUAUUACUCG